AUGUCUUCUGAAAAGCUCUCUGACUCUCCCCAUGAGAACGGCCUCUUUGCCUCCACCAGCGAGGACGGAACCGGUCUGGCUGAGCCAGUUGAUCAAAACGUUCUCUCGCAAUAUAGCGAGGAAGAGGUGAUGAAUUUGGGACGCGCCUACGCGAGACAAAACGACCUCGACGAGGACCUUUUUGCUCACGCCGCUGCCAUCGCCAGAAGUCCUUCGAAAUUCAACUCUAUGGACUUCCUCACCGAAGAGGAAAAGAAGGCUCUCUACGACGAAAUCCACCACCCGUGGAAACUGCCGAAAACUCUCUACUGGCUUGUCUCCACAGCCUCCAUGGCGGCUUGCGUGCAGGGUAUGGACGAGACCGUCAUCAACGGCGCCAACCUGUACUAUCCCGAGAAACUGGGCAUUGGAAGCGGCUCUGACCACGACACCUGGCUCGUCGGCCUUGUCAACUGCGCUCCUUACCUCUGCUGUGCCACGAUGUCGGUGUGGUGCACAGACUACCUCAACAACAAGUUCUCCAGACGUGGUGUCAUUUUCCUGUGCAGUAUUUGGGGUACCCUCUGCUGUAUCUGGUCUGCUCUGACCAACACGUGGUGGCACCUGUUUAUCGCGAGAUUUUUCCUCGGCUUUGCUAUCGGCCCUAAUUCGACCACCGUUCCUGUCUACUCCUCUGAGUGUGCUCCGGCUAAAAUCAGGGGCUCUCUAGUGAUGAACUGGCAGAUCUGGACCGCUUUUGGAAUCAUGCUGGGAGACGUGUUCGGACUUGCUUUCUACAAAGUGCCAGACCGCGGAAUAGCCGAAGGUCUGCAAUGGCGUCUGAUGCUGGGUUCUGCUUGUCUUCCGUCGAUCAUCAUUCUUGCACAGAUCCCCUUCUGUCCAGAAUCUCCGAGAUGGCUCUUAGGUAAAGGAAGAGACCGUGACGCCUUUCACUCGCUCGUCAAAAUGAGACAUACUCCUUUGCAGGCGGCCAGAGACGCAUUCUACAGUCAUCUCUUGCUUCUCGAGGAAGGAGACAUGAAGGCCUCAUUUUUCACCAAGAUCAAGGAAAUGGUCACCGUCAGAAGAAACAGAAACGGUGCUGUUGGUGCGUGGGUCUGUAUGUUCAUGCAACAAUUUUGCGGUAUCAACGUUAUCGCAUACUAUUCGUCCACCAUUUUCCGUGACUCUGGAUUCUCUGUGAGAGACUCUCUGAUUGCCUCCUGGGGCUUCGGUAUGCUCAACUGGGUGUUUGCACUGCCGGCCUUCUUUUCCAUCGACAAGUUUGGCCGUAGAACGCUGCUGCUGUUUGCGUUCCCAAUGAUGGCUAUCUUUUUGCUGCUCGCUGGAUUUGCCUUUUGGAUUCCUGAAGAACACAAAGGCGCCAAGGUCGGUGUUAUUGCCUUGGGUAUCUAUCUGUUCACGAUCGUCUACUCGUCGUCAGAGGGGCCUGUCCCAUUCACGUAUUCUGCUGAGUGUGCCUCGCUGAGAGUCAGAGACGUGACCAUGUCGUUUGCUACCGCCACUUGCUGGUUCUUCAACUUUAUUCUUUCCUUGACGUGGCCAUCUAUGCUGAAAGCAUUCAAAGCUCAAGGAGCGUUUGGUUGGUACGCCGGCUGGAACAUUGCUGGGUUCUUUAUGGUUCUGUGGCUGCUGCCAGAAACUAAGGGUCUCACACUGGAAGAGUUGGACGAGGUCUUUGACGUUCCGGCUGCCGAGCAUGCAGCCUACCAAACCAGAAGCCUUGUCAACGGAUUCCGCAGAAGAGUGCUGCGCCAGAACGUGGAGCCUCUGCCACCUCUUUAUACGAAACGGCGUAUGGCAGUGACUUCAGAUUGGGAGGCACGCAAAAACGAGGUCAAGCACAUCGAGUAA